AUAUUAACAGUUUCUUACAAUAUGAUAACCCCCUUUAUCUUCCCUAGUUAAGUCACAUACAAAUACUGGCAACUAGAUGAUCUGUUGUGGAUGUCUCUGUAAUUUUACUCUAUUUCACUGGCUAUACCAUUGAUCACAGCUACAACUACACUUGAAGAAGGAAGGAGUUUCUACUCCCAGGGUACAUAAAUGGCGGCUAUAAGGCACUCACUGCAGCAAGAGCUUUUCAGACCAAAUGAUGAAGCUCUUUAUUCGGUGGUCAAUGUUGCCAAAAUAGGUGGUGGUAAGAAGAAGAAAACAAGCUUUCUUUGCGCUACAGUAACCAAGGAGAAGCCAUUUCAAGUCAAUAUUUACAAAGUCCAAAAAUCAGAUAAAGAAGUUUUCAAGAAGAAACAAACUUGGCCAUUGUCAGACCUCAAGGUUGUAGAUGGCAAGCAGGAACUUGAAGAAAUUCCAGAAUUUGAUCUUCACUUUGAAAAAUGCUACAAGUGGACUGCAAGUAGAGUUGCAGACAAAGAAGACUUCAUUGAAACCCUGUUUUCAUUAUCAGAGAGAUAUCUUGCUGGGAAAAAACCUGCAUUUGUCAAUGUGAGCCCAAAAUUAUUUGAAGGAGAUGUUGCAGGCAGAGCAAGAAGUGGCACAAAUCGUUCACAGAAGUCCCAUCAUGCCACAGAUUCAUUGUCAGAAGGACAAGGCGAUGACUAUCAAGAGCUAACACCAAGAGAGGAAAAUGAUCUUGAGAAAAUGCUGUCACAUUUCGAGCAUGCCUUGGGAAAUCUGGAAGAAUUCACUGGUCAGUUGUCAAAGGAACUGCAACAGUUGGAAUAUCUGAAUAUCACUGCACUUAUGGGUUCAGAGAAACAAGCCCAGAGUCUUGCUUCACUGAUAGACCGUGGUCUAGAUGAGCUGGACUUGCUGGACGAAAGGCUGUCAAGAUACGACGAAAUGCUGCUUCGCGUGAGUGAGCAAAUGGGACAGAUGGAAUUUAGAGACAACAGGAUGGAAGUCGAAAGAAUAAAUAACAGGAAAAUACUGGGAGAAGUUCGUUAUAUUGUGGGUAAACUUGACAUUUCGAAGCGUCAUGUUAUGUCAUUAAGAGAGGGUGAUCUGUAUAAUCCAGCCGGAAUAUCAGAUAUCGUUUCAGCUGCAAAAAUAUUGCUUGAAGCAUCACAAACUAACUUCAAUCCAGGUAUAACGGAAUUGAAGUCUGUGAGGGAGCAAUUGGCGUACAUUAAUCAGCUUAAGACUGAAUUUGCUGCGCGGUUUUAUCAGCACCUUGACAAGUAUAUUUCACAAUAUAGCAUGUCAGACCGUUUGUCGUCGAGAACCGUUGGUGCUGAAUUGACUCUGUCGCCUCACGACUCUGUGCAUGAUGACUUUGCAAGGUACGAGGAGCUGAUGGGGUGGUUGAAAGAACUCGAUCGUGAUAAGUUCAAUCAAAUGAAAAAGCAUUACGAAGAAUCGUUUGGAAGGAUGUAUGAACGAGAAAUACGUGAAUUCAUUGAAGCUGCGAAGGUCAAGGCGUCCAAAGGAAAAGGUUUGCGUGGUGGUUUGUACGCUGCCCAAAGUCAAGAGGGUCUUAUUUCGAAAGGGAAAAGCAAGCAGCUUGGGGGUCUAGUCCGUUCACCAUCAAAGGAGUCUAUCAACUCAAUGGGAUCUCUUGGUUCGGAAAGCAGUUUCUUUAGUGGUGGGCACAACAAGUUUGCUGAGGCAUUCGAUUCAAUACUCUCCGAACUUGAGCCGUACAUAAUGGUAGAGCAAGAGUUCUGUGUGAAAUUUUUCCAUUUAAGAUUUUCUGUUCAAGAUUCAGAGUCUUCAAGUUCUGCCCUUGACGUCAAAGAUGGUGGCACAAUGAGUAGAAGUCGACCUUCGAAAAUUGCGGACGAAGUGAAGGAAACGAUGACUAAUAUUUUCGGUUAUCUGGACGCAGAAGUCCUUAAUUUCAUUCAACAUGGAGAGAAACUUGAUCCUCAUAACACGAUGUACAUGAUUGUACGUAUCAACAACCAGGCAGCUCAUUUGAUGACAAGCCAGUCGACAGGGGGGCCACCCUCUUUUCUUGGCACUAUGUUUGCAAGUUGGCUUAUAUCGACCAAAAGGCUUUUCGACAAAUACGUUACGGGACUUUGUAGAAAUGUGGAAGAUACAAAAAUUCACAAGAAACAUAAAUGCGGAACGUUCACUUUUGUUACAAAGUUCGAGGAAUUUAGCAACAUCGCGGAGGUCAUUUUCAAAGGAUCUGAUCGGCGGGGCGAUAUCGAUAAGGCCUACAGUAAACUGAUACAAGUGAUGUUCGAUAACAUUGAAAGAAUUUCGUUUGAGCACGAAAAGAUUCCGCCAGAAAUAAUAAUGUUUGAAAAUUACCAUAGAUUACACGCAAUUAUAUCUGGUUUGAGAAACCAAGCAUUAGAGAAAGAAAAGAAAGAGGCGAAGCAACGAAGUACCGAUGCGAUGGCGCAGUACGUCAGCAAACGAGUUGGUUUACCCGUUGAAAAGAUCAGCAACUUUUUCGAGGGUGUUGAAAAUUGCAUUGCUUCUGGAGUCAGAAUGGAAGAUGUUGGUUAUCAAAUUGCCUACAACAGACAAGAGCUAAAAAACAUACUUAAAGAAUAUCCUGCCAAGGAGAUCAAAAAGGGACUGGAAAAUUUAUACAAGAAAUUAGAGAAAUACUUUUCGACUGACAAUUUUGUUCAGGUCAUAUGGCGAAGUCUGCAGCUUGAAUUCGUGCAGCAAUACGAGCGUUAUCAAGAUCUGAUCAACAAAUGCUACCCCGGCUCAAAUAUUAAGAUGCCCGUCGAAGUCGAUGAAAUCCUUGAUAUGUUUUCAAACAUUUAAGCCUGUAACUAAUAUAUGAAACAUAUAGCUCUUUAAGUCUGAAUAAUCAAUUAUUUUCUUGUAUAUUUCUAUUGCUGUAUGAAAUGAAUUUAAUUUCCAACUGUAUUUUAUAUUGACAGAGAAUUAGAUGAAUUAAGAA